CCUGAACCUUACUAGGUGAGCAGCUACGGAGCUCAGACUGGGCAUGCUGUGCUGCCUCUGCUUUCUGUUUCUCUCGGAAACGCUCAGCAGCAUUUUCUCUUUAAGUGCUCAUUCAUCUCUUAGGUUUAAUAUUUUGACUCACAUCACUUCUGCUUAGUUCAUGUGAAUGGUACUUGUGCACUGGCAUGGACGUGGAGUGAAAAAAUGAAUCAAUGUGGGCAGUCCCCUUCACGAAGGAUCUGUUUGGCAGUUUGCACAAAGGAAUUUCUCCAAGGAAAUGGUUUGUUUUGUUCCCAACACUUUGCUGCCCGACUCCUAGUGACACAGAGCUCUGUCGAAAUUGCUUCAUCUCGCAGUCCAGCCUCCGCAUGCCUGGUUUGUUCAGAGCUCCCUGGGAAGCUCCACCCUUCCUAACCAAAUAACCGCAGCUCCCUUGUUCCUCCUCCACCCGUAGGCUGCGCUUGCUUUUCCAUUGGCUGCCAGUACUGUCUGCACGUGGUGGCAGCCCAGCACUUCUCGUGGCAGUUAGUUGGCCUUUUGCUUGCUGUGCGGCAGGCAUGAUUGUGGGCACGGUGCUGUUCCAGCCCAGCUAUGGCAAAGAGAACAAGCUGCUCUGCUGCCUUGGCAACGAUGCCUCUGAGCCUGCGGGGUCGAGCUUCACAGAGGCCCUGCACCGCCCCUAUGGUUGCGACGUUGAACCCCAGGCACUGAACGAAGCCAUUAGGUGGAGCUCCAAGGAGAACCUGCUGGGAGCCACUGAGAGCGAUCCCAACCUCUUUGUUGCACUUUACGACUUUGUAGCAAGCGGUGACAACACACUCAGCAUCACCAAAGGUGAGAAGUUGCGAGUCCUGGGUUACAACCAGAAUGGUGAAUGGAGUGAGGUACGUUCGAAGAAUGGGCAGGGCUGGGUACCAAGCAACUACAUCACACCAGUGAACAGCCUGGAGAAGCACUCGUGGUAUCACGGGCCGGUGUCACGCAGCGCAGCAGAGUAUCUGUUGAGCAGCCUCAUCAACGGCAGCUUCCUGGUUCGUGAGAGCGAGAGCAGCCCAGGGCAGCUGUCCAUCUCGCUCAGGUACGAGGGACGUGUUUACCACUACAGGAUCAACACCACCUCCGAUGGAAAGGUGUACGUGACAGCAGAAAGCCGUUUCAGCACGCUAGCAGAACUAGUGCACCAUCACUCCACGGUAGCAGAUGGACUGGUGACGACUCUGCAUUACCCAGCACCCAAGUGCAAUAAGCCCACUGUGUAUGGAGUGUCCCCCAUCCACGACAAGUGGGAGAUGGAGCGGACUGACAUCACCAUGAAGCACAAACUCGGGGGAGGGCAGUACGGCGAGGUGUAUGUUGGUGUCUGGAAGAAAUACAACCUCACCGUGGCUGUGAAAACAUUAAAGGAAGAUACCAUGGAGGUGGAAGAGUUCUUGAAAGAAGCUGCUGUGAUGAAGGAAAUCAAGCACCCAAAUCUAGUGCAGUUAUUAGGUGUGUGUACCCUGGAGCCCCCCUUUUACAUCGUGACAGAGUACAUGCCAUACGGGAACCUGCUUGACUAUUUACGGGAGUGCAACCGGGAGGAAGUGAGUGCUGUUGUGCUGCUCUAUAUGGCCACUCAGAUAUCCUCUGCCAUGGAGUACCUGGAGAAGAAGAACUUCAUUCACAGGGACCUGGCAGCACGGAACUGCUUAGUUGGAGAAAACCACGUGGUGAAGGUGGCUGACUUUGGCUUAAGCAGGCUGAUGACUGGAGAUACCUACACAGCUCACGCUGGAGCCAAGUUCCCAAUCAAGUGGACUGCUCCUGAGAGCCUGGCCUAUAACACCUUUUCCAUCAAAUCAGAUGUGUGGGCCUUUGGGGUGCUGUUAUGGGAAAUUGCUACCUAUGGGAUGUCACCGUACCCAGGCAUUGAUCUCUCUCAGGUGUAUGAUCUGCUGGAAAAGGGCUACCGGAUGGAACAACCGGAGGGAUGCCCUCCAAAGGUUUAUGAACUGAUGAGGGCCUGUUGGAAGUGGAACCCACCAGACCGACCUUCCUUUGCUGAGACCCACCAGGCUUUUGAAACCAUGUUCCACGACUCGAGCAUCUCGGAGGAGGUAGCAGAGGAGCUUGGAAGAACAGCCUCCUCCUCAUCCAUUGUUCCUUACCUGCCCCGGUUGCCCAUGCUUCCCUCCAAGACAAGAACACUGAAGAAACAGGCAGAGAACAAGGAGAACAUUGAAGGAACACAGGAUACCCUGGAGCAUUCGGCAUCCAGCUCCGCACCAGGUUUAAUCAGAAGCACGCAGCCAACAAGUGGGUCUCCUGCACUGCCCCACAAGCAGAGGGACAAGUCACCCAGCAGCCUGCUGGAGGAUGCCAAAGAGACCACUUUCACCAGGGACAGAAAAGGCGGCUUCUUCAGCUCCUUCAUGAAGAAGAGGAAUGCUCCCACACCUCCCAAGCGCAGUAGCUCCUUCCGGGAGAUGGAGAAUCAGCCCCACAAGAAAUACGAGUUAACGGGUAACUUCUCAUCUGUUGCUUCCUUGCAGCACGUGGAUGGGUUCGCUUUUGCUCCCACACAGCAGGACGCAAACCUGGCACCACCCAAGUGCUAUGGUGGGGGCUUUGUGCAGAGGACCUUCUACAAUGACGAUGGCACUGGUACCAGCAGCGGUGGGGGUGUGAGCACUGGUGGGGGGUGGUCUGGCAUCACAGGUUUCUUUACACCACGCCUGAUUAAAAAGACACUGGGUCUACGACCAGGAAAGCCCGCUGGCAAUGAAGAAGCAUCAAAGCCUUUUCCGAGGUCGAACUCUACAUCUUCCAUGUCCUCAGGGCUUCCAGAGCAGGAUAGAAUGGCAAUGACCCUUCCCAGGAAUUCCCAGAGGUCAAAAAUCCAGCUGGAACGGACAGUGUCCACCUCCUCUCAGCCUGAUGAGAACACAGGGAGGGCAAAUGACCUGCUGCCCAAAAGGUUUGAAGAAGGUUCUGCUUUGACCAGAGAAAGACCAAAAGCAAAACUCUUGCCAAGGGGUGCCACAGCUCUCCCUUUCCGAACCCCCUCCAGUUCAGAGGAAAAGGAGAUGCCAGGGCUAGCAGCAACUCCUAAAAGCAAAGAAAAGAACAGCAGCCCUCGGCAAGGGGCCCUCGAGGAUGGCGAGAGACCAGGGUGGUCCUCUCCAGUAAAGGCUGCAGCAAUACUUCCAACCACUCACAACCACAAAGUGCCAGUCCUAAUCUCACCCACUCUAAAACACACUCCAGCAGAUGUGCAGCUCAUUGGCACAGACUCUCAGGGUAAUAAAUUUAAGCUCUUAUCUGAGCAUCAGGUCACUUCUUCCGGCGACAGGGACCGGCCCAGACGGGUAAAACCAAAGUGUGCUCCACCUCCACCACCAGUGAUGAGGCUCCUACAGCAGCCAGCCGCCUGCUCGGAUGCAGCAGAAGAGCUCAGCAACGCGGCGGGAGCGCAGCACGGGCUGGAGUCAGUCGAAGGGAGUAAGAAGGCAGCAGCAGCACCUGUCGGUGGGAAAUCCGGGAGGCCCAUGAUGCCUCCACCUCAAGUGCCUCUGUCGUCGUCUUCCACCUCCCCAGUGAAAAUGGCCAAUGGCACAGCUGGCGCAAAGAUAGCGUUAAGAAAGACCAAACAGGCAACUGAGAAAAUCCCAGCAGAUAAAAUCAGCAAGGAAGCAUUGCUGGAGUGCGCCGAUCUUCUCUCGAGUGCCAUCGCUGAGCCAACGCCAAACAGCCAGCUGGUGGACACAGGGCAUCAGCUGUUGGAUUACUGCUCAGGCUACGUGGACUGCAUUCCGCAUACACGCAACAAAUUUGCCUUCCGGGAAGCCGUGAGCAAACUGGAACUCAGCCUGCAGGAACUGCAGGUGUCCUCAACAGCUGCUAGCAUCCCUGGGGCAAACCCCGUCCUUAAUAACUUAUUGUCGUGCGUCCAAGAAAUCAGCGAUGUGGUGCAAAGGUAGCUACUGUCAAUCUGGGUAAGAGAAAUACACGUGGGGUGGGGGGGACUCUUUUCUGUACUGAUGCUUUCAAAAGGAAAGACUGAUACUUGAGUAUGUGAAGUACCUCAGAUCACUGAGUUCUCACGUUUACAAGUUCAUCUCAGAAAAUGGGGAUGGAGAGGGUAGAUUCAAGCUGUAAGGGGCAGAACAUCAAGUAUUUGUCCCUACCUUGCCAGUCUGAUCUGCUCGGUUUGGCGAGGCAAGGAAGAUCCUUGCUCCUCCCUUUGACAGGCAGGAGAAUCGAUGGCAGGUUCUCGCUCUGGGAAGGACGGUCUGGCAGCCGGAGUACUGGAGUGGCUGCCAGCCCCUUGGCUGUACAGACGCACCCCAUCAGCACUAACACACGCUUUUGGGCUCCUGACAAGGCGAGGAAGGGCCCCGGGGCUCUGCUGGUACCAGCUGCUGAGCAGUCCUGGCUGGGCAGCUCUGAAGGAGCAGGCUGUGUGCAGCUGGGGGCAGGUCUAAUGCACUGACAGUAUUCAGAGCUGCUGGAGGUGGAUGCACUAGCCUCAGUGGCUUACUUCCACAGUGCUGUUGCUGCUGUAAUGAGAACUGCAAAGUUAGUUAAUAUAUGAAAUUAUCCCUUUUCCCUCCUGUCCACCUCAUCUUCCACAUGUUCUCGUCUUCAUUGUAGCUGAGGCAUCAGGAAUGCUGGGCAGACUUACCACUGGAA